GUGUGUCUCCGGUCGCUGCAGUCGCUCCCAGCGGGAUCGAUACAUCAGUUUGAUGGAGUUUUGGGGCAACAACAAGGUGUGAACCCUCCAACGUUCCCAUCGGUCGUCCCCAGCUAUCUCACCAUCGCCACCCUGUAGUAGUAUCUGCGUCGGACGGGUGACUCAGGCAGGAUACGGGUGGGUGGAGUUUUUAUUGCGGACGGGAGAAAAACGUGGAUCAGUGGUUUCUCGUUACUGGAUCAGUGCAAUCGUGUCUGCCUGGGAUUGUCUGGAUUAUUCGUUUUAGCAAUUGUGUUUGAUGAUCCAGUCGUGGUAUAAAUUGUGCGGAGGUGUUUAACGAUGCGAAUUAAGAACGGAUGGUUUCAUUCUACGAAAGAUUCAAGUGCUUAUCUGUAGUUAUGAAUUUUUAAAUUGCAUUAUUUAUGCAGCAAAAUAUAUCAUUCUGGAUGAAACCAUGUAGAAAUAUAAACGCAUAUAAAAGAUAGCUUAAAAAGUUACUACAUAAAGUGCUAAUGAACUGCAACCAAAAUCUCGUAUGGUCAGUAUCCAACCUAUAAACCCACAAACCGUAAUACAGUCGCUGUAAUUUACUCGAAAAAGUGGUGCUAGUGUAAGACGACGGCAGUAGAAUAUAAAAUUUUGCCCGAAUCAAUUUACUGCCCAGCUGGUGUCAUCUUCAGCCAAGAUGUGCUGAAUCCGAGUAAGCCCAUCUUUUAGUCUGGUCAGUUCGCUGUGCGGGAUUAGGAUGGGAAUCCUCGCCCCGGGUACGUGAUGCAAUCGCAGGAGUGCAAUUUAGUUUUCCCGAGAGCGAGAAAUGAUUAAGUGAAUCUAUCAGAAUCCGUUGCAGCAUCUGCCGUGGAUAACCGCUGGUUCUGGUGUGUGUGUGUAAACUAUUUGCUGGGCGGUGAUGGCUGGAUCAGUCGAAGAAAGUUUUGUUCCGGCAGAUGGAAGUUGCCAAUUUAUGCAGUGCACGUGCAGCUGAGGAAGAAAAUGAAUUUAUCGUGAAUGUGGGAAACAUAUAUUCCGUUUCAUCUGUAAAGGGAAGAUAGUAAAAAAAAUAUCCUUGAAAAACUUUGUAAAUGUCGAAAAUCUUGAACGAAAAUAAUACUUGUGAGAAAUAAGUGAUUUACGGCCGUGUUAAGUAGAUAGGUAACAUUAUACUAAUUUGAAGAAGAGUAACUUGCAAAAUAUUCUUCAUGAUAUUUCACUGAAUGUUUAUCGAUAUGAUCCAUUAUUUACUUUGUUGGAUGUUAUUAUGAGUACAGGCGUUUAAAUGAUUGAUCCGCUUUCAUUGCUGCCCAAUAAUACUACAGUGCGUGGGGAUGAAAACAAUUGAGGGCGACCAGCGACGACAGGAACACGAUGCAGCAACAAGAGAAACGACGCGAGCUGCGUUUGAAAAAAUUCUGGCGUACCACCACCAAGCCACCCACAUCGUCCGAGGAUUCCGGCGGAUGCGAAAGUCCUACAAAACUAGGACGAAAGGCGUUCCAGCAGCCACAUAGCAUCAAAAGUCCCCAUAGAAAUCCGCCGGCAUGUUCCCUGCCGCUGCUGCAGGUCUGGCCCAGCCAGGACUCACCCCGGGGCGAAGCGGACGGACAAAGUUUUGUCUUUCCGCUGGCAGCUGAUGACCGUCAGCAGGAUGGUGUAAUUCACCAAACCUCCCUAAACCAUGCGGUCCCAUCCUGCAGCAGUAGCAGCAACGAUUUGCGGCGGAACUCGCUGUUCGUCGAUCAACUGCAAGCGGGAGAUUCGGGGAUCGACUCGGUCCAGGCAUCUCCUUCCCCGGUGGCCAUGCCCUGCCAUCCCAUGGUUGUAUCGAACGCUAUUUCACCAAGUGCAUCACCCACCAGUGGAUCGCCAACCCAAUCGGUGGACCACACGCGGCGUCCGUCAACGUCUCUGCUGCAUCCGGACCAUGCACGGAUAUUUGCACUACGACAACCGUCGUCACCUGACCAAACAUCUUUAGAAGACAAUACUGAAUUCAUGGGUGUCGCUGGAAAUCACCUUUGCACAGCUAGUUCCAGCACGACCUCUUCCCUGACGUCAGUCGCAGUUGCAAACCUAGGACAACAUCCCCAAAGAUCCUCGGACCCUUGGUUGCGACCCGAACGCGACAAGGAAAGCCUCGAGGUUGACGAACAACGUCGCGCCUCGACAAUGACCGCCCGCCUCUCGCUGUUCGACGCGCUGGAUCUGGAGUACGCGCUGCUUCGGGCGGCAGCCCGCGGUUCAGUGGGACCAUACUCCAUGAGUGAAUCACUGCACAAGCUCACUUUUACGCAGUCACUCGCCUUCCCAGCACUUGCCCGGGGGUUGGCCGCGAAACGGCGAACUUCCACCGAGCAAAGCACAACCCGGCCACUGAACCCGAACGAGUCCGGGCUCAACACGUUCGCCAAGGUGGUUACCGCCUGUGUUCUAGUGAUGGUUAGCUUUCUGGUGUUUCUAGUGGUGUACAAGUACGUACGGACGUGAGGUUUGCUCCUGGCCCCGACCGAAGUUACGUUACAGGCGUCGGUGACCAGUACGACGAUUGCUUCAUAUCAACAUGUGGCCAACCGAACGCUGGCGUCGGGCGUCAGGAAGCUGUUCAACCUCGAAAACUAGUGCAAGAUAUGGCAGUGAGUGGCGAAACAGGAUACGUAAAGCGUGUGAGGAAUAAGCGAGAUUUGCAGCGAAACAGCUCGUUCUUAUGAUGUAGACUAAAGCUUAGAUAACAAUUUCCAACAAAAGGGCACAUGGAAUGAACAUCAAUUAACUAGAGCAGUAUAAGCCAAAUUAGAGCAUUGUGGAAGAGUUCUACUUACUAUAAGCAAUUAGAUAGGAUUACUAUUAUAUCUACUAAAAAUCCACAAUCAUCUUAAAAAGCAUUGAUUUUCGAGUGGCUCAAAAAAUGUACAGGAAUUAGUUGAAUUAAAAUCAUAAAAUGUGGUUUGCGCGAAACAAUCAGCUUCCUUAUUAUUUAAGCUUUCGACGUUACAUUACGCAAUAUAAAAAAUAGUUUAUUAUCAAUUCAUGCAUGAGAAACAGAGAUUAAACAUUAUAUCUUAAUCAAGAUCUAAAAAAGAGCAUUGUACAUCCAAGCGUCCAGUGCGGUUCAAUUUUUCGGUUACUAAUCAAAUUCAACUGAGGGAUCAUCCAUAAAUGACGUAGCAUUUUUUGAGUGAUUUUUAACACCCCCCUCCCCAUAGUAGCAUUUAGUCACAAGCCUCUAAAUACCCCCUGGUAAUUACGUAGCUUGACGGUAAACCUCCCCCCUGUCCCCGUGAGAAAUUAAAAAAAAAGUUAGAUGAAACGGGUAAGGUUGUCGUGACAUUAUGUCAACCCCUAUUCUUCUUUAAGAAGCUACGUAGCAUGACAUGAUCUCCUACCCCCCUGUCAUCACACAUCAUCACAAAAUACAAAACUACCCCCUCCCCCAUAUAAUGCUACGUCAUUUAUGGAUGAUCCCUGAUCCCUAAGCUUCCAUUUGGUAUCGAAAUCUGUCAAAAUACAUUCCCUCUUCCAUCAUCCAGCGCUAUACCGGGCGUAUGGAAUGGACUUUACCUAGAACUCGAUGCUACACUAUGUCUACCCAAAUCAGGAAUUCAAAACAUUCCACAAAUCUUCCGUCCCUUCUGUCCAUAUUACUAAAGCAACCUCCCAUUUCUCAUUCCUAAUUUUUUUUUGUAUGCCAUCUGGUCCUGCUUUUCAAUUUUUUUC